AUGGAGGUGCCCGCUGCUGCCCUCGCCGUCCUCCUCUGCCCCAUGGCCCUCUGCAGCCAGGUCUCCUCGGCACCACUUGAGGUUGACACCCUAACGGCCUGCUGCUUCUCCUAUACUGCCUGGCAGCUUCCUCGCGAAUUCGUAGCUGACUGUUUUGAGACCAGCAGCCAGUGCUCCAAGCCCGGUGUCAUCUUCCAAACCAAAAGAGGCCGGCCGCUCUGUGCCAACCCCAGUGAGGACUGGGUCCAGGAAUACAUCACUGACCUGGAGCCGAAUACCUGAGUGGCCUGGAAGUUUUGAGGAACCCAGUGACCUCAGUGGCCCGACUGGGCAGCAGGGGUCUGAGUCUUGGAAACACCCCUGUCACCUCCACAGCUACCUCUCCUGUGUGCUGCUUGU